CUCCCAUAGGCAGGUCACGUGGGGCUUCUCUGGGAGCUGAGCAGGGGUCCCGCGUGCGGCGUUGCUCUCACCCCAGAGGCGCUGCCCGGCCCCGAGCUGCACACGCCCUAUCACGGUGCUGCCUAGGUCGCGGGCUAGCGGGGCAAGGCAGAGCCCCGGAACAGGCGCUGCUGGGCGAAACAGGGGCAGGUGGCUGGAGGGCCGAGGUCAUAUCAACAACCGGGACACAAUCUGGGUUUCCGCAGAGCUGGCUGUGAUUAGCGCUGCAGCCCAGAACAAGCCCAGCCUGGCCCUUCGAGGUGUGCGGUGACCCGACACCCUCUCUGGGGGCUGCAGGAUCAGCCCCCUUCCCUGCCCACCCAGAAAGCUGCAGAAGUCUGGCCAGGCUGAAAAAUCUAAACUGGAAAGCAAGUAUGAAUUUCAAUUCCAAUUUCUCAGAGACUGUCCUUGAAAAAGAGAGAAUGUGAUGUCUGUGGUGCAUCAGCUGUCAGUUGGGUGGCUACUGGAUCAUCUUUCCUUCAUCAACAAGGCCAGUUACCAGCUUUGCCCUUCCUGCCAGUGCCCUGCUCCCUUGGCUUCUCAUGUUGCUCCUGUUUCUUCCACCCCUUCUACAGAGGAUAUUGUUGCUCCUUCCACCGUUGAUACUACUUACUCUACUGGAGCUGCAGUAGAGAGAACAGGGGCAACACUAAAGAAAAAAUAUGUGUUUCGGGAAGAGUUCUUUCAUGUUUUUAAGCCCCAUAUAGUUUCAGCUCCCCAACAGAAGCCCGAGCAAGAAAGCUCUGAUGCUGGCCCAAGGGAGGGGAAGGACAGUGGCAAUGGAACAGAGCAGCACGAAGGAGCCAAGAACAGUGAUGGGGAUUCCAUUGGCAGUGCUAGGAAGAAACGUAAAAGAAAGUGUAGUGUGUUCAACCAAGGUGAACUGGAUGCUUUAGAAUACCAUACAAAGAUCAGGGGUCUGAUAUUGGAAGGCACCAGGUGUUUAAUCAAAGAAGGACUCAGAAGUGGUUUUCUUCACCCCAUUUCUGCAAAACAAAGUAGCGUCAAGAAUGUUAUUACAGGACAUGUUGGCUGUGGGAUGGCUGAAUUAUGUGAAAUGGCAAAACAUUUUCCUUCUGUGAAUGAAAAUGACCAUCGAUCUGCACAAAUUAUAGAUGAGGAAACAUCCAUUCCAGAGCAGGAUCUGCUUUCAUGCGUUACAGAGAACAAUACAGACUAUGCAAAGAUAAUAAAUUUAAUGGGACAGAAGUACCUGGUGCCGCCAAAAAGCAGUUUCCUUUUAUCUGAUAUUUCCUGUAUGCAACCACUUCUGAAUUAUAAGAAUAAAUAUGAUGUAAUUGUGAUAGAUCCACCAUGGCAGAACAAGUCUGUUAAAAGAAGUAACCGAUACAGCCACUUGUCUUCAUGGCAAAUCAAGCAAAUUCCCAUACCAUCGCUAGCUGCUCCAAAUUGUCUUGUGGUCACAUGGGUGACCAAUAGACAGAAGCACCUACGUUUUGUUAAGGAUGAACUUUAUCCUUAUUGGUCUGUGAAGACUCUUGCUGAGUGGCACUGGGUGAAAAUUACCAGAUCUGGAGAAUUUGUAUUUCCAUUAGAUUCUUCCCACAAAAAACCCUAUGAAGUUCUUGUGUUGGGGAGAGUUCAAGGAAGUAUAAAUUUGCCAUUAAGGAAAUCAGAUGUGGAAGUACUUCCAAUUCCAGACCACAAAUUAAUUGUCAGCGUACCCUGCACUCUUCAUUCACACAAACCUCCUCUUACUGGAGUUGAACUCCAACCAAUCAGUUAGACAAAAGGUGCCUCCCAUCCAAGCCCUUGCUCAUGCUAGGUCUGAAGAAUCUCAUCACCUUUGCACAAUGCCAUGAGGGUCUGCAAACUGGGGCUCUGGCGGAUCAAUGAUGAAUUUUCAAAUCAAGAGUGGAUGUUUUUCAAAAAGAUAUGCUCUAGGAAUUUAUUUUUUGGAAGUUCUAUGGCCUGUGUUAUAUAGGCGGUCAGACAAAGUGUUGGAAGUAUUAUUUAUGCAGGAUAUUUCCAUGACACCAAUGUAACCAUAAAUUCAUUUAUUAAAACGAAAAGGUCAAAUGCUAUUUAUAAUUGCUCUAAACAUGCCUAAAUAAUAAGCAAUUUAGUACAUCCAAACAGUAACAAAACACUUCUAAGCAUUUGAUCAAGAUACUUAUAAAUGGGCUAACCUCCAGGAGUGCUUAGACCGAUAUUGGUUGUCUUCAGUUUGGUCAGGCAGGUAUUAGCAGUGAACCCUUUAAGAGUUGACUUUAUACUAUUGUUUAACAAACAAGCGAUGUCAUUGCCAAUUAUCAGACCUCAGUUAAGGCCAGAUGAAGCGGUUUCUUAUAUAGCAAAUUACUUACUGCACCUGGUAUCCAAUUAACUGUAUUUUAUUUCUGUUACUUCAGCCCAUACUUUAAGAUAACACUGAUAUUUUGAAGGGUCAUUACAAGUUUAACACAACAACUCUUCUUUCGCAUGAACUCAUUCUUUUUGGUCACAUGCUUUGGGCCCAUUGCUCAUGCUAAUAUCUCAAUUUAAUUCAAAACUGUAGUUCACCCAAAUCUAAUGUGGACCUAUAUUACUGUACUAAGUGAUCACAGUGGCCCUUCUGGCCUUGGAAUUUAUGAACUUAUAGAUUAUAUCAUUGAAAUAUGCUAUACUUGAAGACUCGUCAUGUUCCAUCUGCUGCAGGAGGUGCCAGUAACCACAGGGAACCUGUUAGUUCAGUGGCCAGAGAAGGAGUCUAAAUCCAUAUUAGGUUUUGGGUGUAAAUCCAGGUACUGAUGGAUUUUAUAAAGCUCUAACUGGUUUGGGUCUUGGCUGUUGGAAAGACUGUGUCUCUCACCUUAAACCACCAUAAAUGAGAUCAGUUUGAGUUAAAUCACUGGAUUUAAAUGUGGUGAGAACUUGGUGACAAGGUGUGCAAAGUAGAAGUCUUUCAACUUUAAUUUAGCCCACCCUUCUCUCCAUACACACUUCUGACAAAAUCCUAAUUUGAUUACUCUUCUAUAUAGGCAAUUAUACUGACCUCAUUACUGUAGUAUCUGAGCAGCUUCCAGUGGUCCAUUAAAUGAUGUGAAUAACAUUUGUCAUGUGUGGUUCAUUCUUCAGGUCAUCCUCUCCCGAGGGAGAAAAUUGUGUGUGCAGUGUAGUGUUAGUUAUGGUAGGGUUAAAAAUCAUAUGCAUACAAUGCUAUGUAUUUCUGGUGUAGAAGGCAGGUUGAAGAAGUGUGCCUUGCACUUGGAGUGGAAGGUGGUGAGGUUGGAGGUGAUUCUUGAUUCCGGUGGGAAUUUGUUCCACGUUCUUGGACCAGCCCCCAAGCAGCUCUGUCUCCUGCACUGACAAGAUUUACUCUUAUGGUAGACAGUUGCAUUGUGUCUGAGGAGCAGAGUUGUCCAUGGCUAGGGUACUAGUCUCAACUCCUUUUGCAGUGUUUAUUUUGGAGGGUUUUUUGUUGUUGUUAAUAGUGUGUGUUAAUAUACAUGUGUCUGGAGACAAGUAAUUGGGCACAGGUUAGUAAUCUUAAAUAUAAGCAAGCUUGAAUCCAUGACCAUCCAUCAGCAAUGUCCUGCAAUGAGCCUUAUAUUCUAAGUCUUUCUGGUUGAUUAACAGGGGUGCCUGGGCUGAUCUAUAUGAUUGCAAGGCUCAUGGUCACUGAAGCAGCCACGACUCAGACCUCUUAAGACUUUAUUGGCCAAACUUGGAAAGACUUUACAGACAAACAGAAAUGCAGUCAAGUUGAGUGUAUGUAAUGUGAUAACUUUUGAACGGUGCAUCAGAUCAAUUCCAAAAUUUCAGGGAAUGAUCUAGUUAUCAGUGGGCAGAACCCUAUUGAUUUGGGGGAAAAUGGGGUACAUAUGGAGUUGUUGUCAUCUGUUCAGCGAAGCCACAGUUUCAGGUACCUCUGCACUUGUCUGUAGAUCAAACAACUUGUUGAUGGUACCCCUUAAUGCCUUCCAUCAUAACCUCUGCUCAUCCUCCCAAUAGAAUUUAAUGUGUUUGACACCUUGACUGAUUUGUC